UGAAGUCCCAGAGAGUCAAUGGCUGGUCCUGCUGACUCUUGUCUUCAGACAAGUCUGCGAGGCAGCCCGGCAGACUUGGAAGCCCUUCCAUGAAGGUGAAACUAAGAGAAAUCAGUUGAGUAUUUGGAAAAUAAUUAUCUGGAGGACCAGCUUCCUCCACAGCCAGAGAGAAGCUGAGAAGCUUCAUAAUAUUUCAUCAUUCUCAAGUCUAUCCCCAGUGGAACAGAUGUCUUCAGUGGUGGCCCCAACUAAAGAAUCCAAUGCCAUGGGCCCAAAGGAAAUGGAGCUCAUUCUUGUUAAAGAGCAAAACGGAGUGCAGUUCACCAAUUCAACCCUCAUUAACCCAGCCCAAACCAGCAUUGAAACAGAAGAAAGAGAGACAUGGAGUAAAAAGAUUGACUUUCUUCUUUCCGUGAUUGGUUUUGCAGUAGACCUUGCUAAUGUUUGGAGAUUUCCUUACCUCUGCUACAAAAAUGGAGGCGGUGCUUUCUUGGUCCCAUAUUUGUUUUUCAUGGUGAUUGCUGGGAUGCCACUCUUCUACAUGGAAUUGGCAUUAGGACAAUUCAAUAGGGAAGGAGCUGCUGGAGUCUGGAAAAUCUGUCCAAUAUUAAAAGGUGUGGGCUUUACUGUUAUCCUUAUAUCCCUUUAUGUUGGAUUCUUCUAUAAUGUCAUCAUUGCCUGGGCUCUCCAUUACUUUUUCUCAUCCUUCACUAUGGAUCUUCCCUGGAUACACUGUAAUAACACCUGGAAUAGCCUGAACUGCUCAGAUACUCGUUUUUCCAACUCCAGUGACAGCUUUGACAUCAAUGAUACCUAUAAAACCACUCCUGCUGCAGAAUAUUUUGAACGAGGAGUGCUACAUCUUCAUCAGAGCAAAGGAAUCGAUGAUUUAGGGCUUCCUCGGUGGCAACUGACCUCUUGCUUGGUAGUUGUGAUUGUACUGCUUUAUUUUAGCUUAUGGAAAGGAGUGAAGACAUCUGGCAAGGUGGUAUGGAUUACGGCCACUAUGCCGUAUGUAGUCCUCACAGCCUUGCUACUUCGUGGGGUCACUCUUCCAGGAGCCAUCGAUGGUAUCAAAGCCUACUUGAGUGUUGAUUUCUAUCGUCUCUGUGAGGCAUCUGUUUGGAUAGAUGCUGCUACUCAAAUCUGCUUCUCUCUUGGUGUUGGGUUUGGUGUGCUUAUAGCAUUCUCCAGUUACAAUAAAUUUACUAACAACUGUUAUAGAGAUGCGAUCAUCACUACCUCGGUCAACUCCCUGACAAGUUUUUUUUCUGGCUUUGUCAUCUUCUCCUUUUUGGGCUAUAUGUCACAGAAACACAAUGUUCCCAUUGGUGAUGUGGCCAAAGAUGGACCUGGACUUAUUUUUAUUAUCUAUCCUGAAGCAAUUGCUACUCUACCUCUGUCCUCUGCCUGGGCUGUGGUUUUCUUCAUCAUGCUUCUCACAUUAGGAAUCGACAGUGCUAUGGGAGGAAUGGAGUCCGUGAUCACUGGCCUGAUUGAUGAAUUUAAGUUUCUCCACCGGCACCGAGAGCUCUUCACCCUGUUCAUUGUCUUGUCAACAUUUCUAACCUCCCUCUUCUGCGUCACCAAUGGUGGUAUUUAUGUCUUUACCCUGCUGGACCACUUUGCAGCAGGGACAUCUAUUCUUUUUGGAGUACUCAUUGAAGCCAUUGGGGUUGCAUGGUUUUAUGGGGUUGGUCAGUUCAGUGAUGACAUUAAACAAAUGAUCGGUCGGAGACCUGGCUUGUAUUGGAGGCUUUGCUGGAAGUUUGUCAGCCCCUGUUUUCUUUUGUUUGUAGUAGUCGUCAGCAUUGUUACAUUCAGACCACCCAACUAUGGAACAUACAUCUUUCCAGACUGGGCCAACGUGGUAGGCUGGAUAAUCGCCACUUCUUCCAUGGCAAUGGUACCAAUUUAUGCCACCUAUAAAUUCUGCAGCUUACCUGGAUCUUUUCGUGAGAAACUAGCUUACGCCAUCACUCCUGAGAAAGAACAUGGCCUGGUAGAGAAUGGGGAAGUGCGUCAAUUCACUCUCCGCCAUUGGCUAAUGGUAUAGAGCAAUAUGAAGAAAGAAGGAAAUGUGAAAAUUAGCUAUGGGAAAGAAUGUGAAUGAAGAACCAAAUCAUGAACUAAUGGAGAAAGAAAGGCUCUUUUUAUUAUAUAACCUCUUCUUUACUGAAAAGCAAAAAAAGGAAGAAAAAAAGGCUUUUCUCUUCUGACUGUUUACACAGUGUCUACACCAACGGAUAAGUUGUCAUUGUCCUGUACUGGUUAAAUAUAGCAUACAAUUAGUGUGGUGAGUUCUUUGGUUCAAAUGCUCAAUCAUUACUAGGAGGAAAGAAUAAAUCACUUAAUGCUAUUCAUGCAGAACCUUUCCCUAAAAUCACAUGUAAAGUAACAGGAAUAUAACCUGCAGCAUCUAGUUCGUGGCAUUUCAUUUGGAAAUGGCAUGAAUUUGGAGAGAAAGGAAUGCCCUAAUCAGUAGCUAGCAGGUACAUGCCAUGCUGCAAAUUUGAGUAUCUCUCAUCGACUUCCUAGAUGACUUCUUCUCACCUACAGAAAUCAACUAUUCCAUUUCGUUUAAUUGUAGAGAAUGUGAAACAAAAAAAAUAAUUCUCAAUUUUAGAGCACUUUAAAGAUCUCUAGUUAAAAGUUAAGGCUACAAAAUAAGAAUUAUGAUUGUGUAUAAUAUAUAACAGUGGUAUGUUAGGAGAAUUUCAUGGUCACACGUGCUAAAUAUGAUCAGGGAUAAAAAUUUUUUUUCAUUUAGUUGAGAGAAAAAGGUACGCUGAAUUAGUUUUAUACAGCUUUAUACCUGGUGGGUUGGGGAAUCCAGAACAAUCCAUUACAACUUGGAUCAGAACUCAGUUGACAUAGCAGUAAGUAAUAUUCACUGAGCAUCCUUAUGGACACAGCAAAACAGAGUUUCUGGACCAGAAGGGGUAUGCAUUUGCAAAUACAGGUACAGCUAUGUGAAUCUCACAGCUGUGUAUCAUUAUAAGGACAUCGAAUUAUGAAGUUGCUAGCCAGUCUAUGCCCUGUUAUACAAUAUAGCAAGGAACACUUUCUGGAACAUUAACCAUCUACAUAAAUGCGUGUCUCAAUUUCCCAAAAACAGCUCCAAUUCAGACAUGGGAUUCCAUCUUUGAUUGAUACAUUCCUUGCAUGUCUGUCUUUGUAACAGUAAUGUUACCAUGUCGCAGGCUUUAAUUUGCUGAUGGAAUGAGACAAAAUUUUGAAAUGCCACAUAAAUACAUUUCACCUUUUGGGCUUAUUGAUUCAAAAAUGCUGUAUGUACUAUUUCAGCUUGAUUAAUGAAGCCUGUCUGAAAUUAUGACUUUGUUGUCUUUCAGAGGUGAAGUAAAAAUCAUUAGUUGACACUGAGUGUCAAGAUUCUACCAAGAAACACAGAAUAGCACAACUCAUAGUUUAUCUUUUCAAUGUAUCUGACAGUUUCUUUUUUUUUAACUGAGCUAUCUGCUGAAAGAUUUAUACCUGACAGCUCAGAAAUACAUUUUUUUCUUCCAUUGCAGAAACAGUAAUUUUACUCAGAUCCAUUUCUUUUCUUUUCAUUUGUAUGGUUUUUUAUCAUGUCUGAGUUAACCAACCCUCGAUUCAUCUUCAUAGGAGAUUUGAGACAGGUUGCAGGGAAAACUAUAAGGGACUGGGAGAUGCCUUAUGAUCUAGCCAUGCACAACAAAGCUAGAGCUCAUAUAAUUCAUGUUGAAUGAAUCCAAGAGUUCUUAACCUUUUUGUGUCACAGACCCCUUUUGCAGUCUGGCGAGGCCUUCAGAUCCCUUCUCAGAAUAUUAUUAAAUGCAUACAAUAAAAUACACAGGAUUACAAAGGAAAUCAAUUAUAGUGAAAUAAAGUUAUCAAAAUAUUUUUUCAAAGUUAAUGGAAUUCAACAGCCCCUAUUCUGUUGUCACAAUUCACAUCAUAGGAUAUCAUAUCACAUCUAAACCACAAAUGAAAACUUCAUUCAGAGAUCUAUAAGAAAAAAGUCAAUUACUCUUAAAGAGGAAUAUAUUCAUAUACUAUAAGUACAUAAAAACAAGCAAUCCUAGUAUAAAUCUGAAAUAGGACAUAUAGUAGAGAAUUUGAACUAAGCCAAAAGGCAUGAAUUCUAGUUUCUGCUUUAUCUUUAGCUAUCCUGUGAACUCUUAACAAGUCAUAACUAGAGUUUUGCCUGUCUGAUAUAGGACAAGUACCUCUCAGAGUUGUGAGAACCAAAUAACUUACUUGUAUGCCCAUUAUUCAUUGAUCUGUGAAUAGACCUGGAUGCUAACACAAUGUUAAAUGUUGAACAUGUUACCCUAGAAUUAGAAAUGAAAAAAAAACCUUUCUAUUAAAAAUAUUUUAUUCUAGUGAAGAUAGAGAGAGGGAAGGAAGGAAGGAGAAAAGGAAGGGAGGAAGAAAGGAAGGAAAGGAAGAAGGAAACAAUGAAGGAAGGAAGGAAGGAUCAUAAACAGCUUUGAUUUAAGGCUAAAGGUAAUUGUCAUUGAUUUUAUUUAUUUUAAAAACACACAUUGAACAACAAUACUUAUUUUAAUAUUAGGAGAAUGUUUUUAGAAAUCAGAUUAAGUAUAUGAUGUGUCUGGUGAGUCUAAAAGUUUAGCACUUAUUAUGACUGCUUCUAAUCCUUAGUUAUUUAAAUGUCUAUUACAAGAGUUUCUCAUGAUAGAAGUUUUUCAAGAAUUUUUGGGCAUCAUAGUGUGACAUUUCCCAUGGAAGGAAUAUGUGUAUCAUUAUUAUAAGCACAUGCCAAAAGCUUUUGAGUCUAUGUCAUCAUACAAGGACUUGUACAAUAUUGAAAAUUGAGGUGCUGUUAAUGAAUGUGGAAAAUACCAAUGAUUUCCUUUUAAAGCAUCUUCUAGUUUUGUCUCACCUGUGGAUUUCCAAAUCCAUUAGUCUAUUUCCCAGAUGUCUAAUGCAUGUGGAAGAUGAAGUCUGACCAAUGCCUGUAGAACUUUGUGUGACGUCAGUUUGUUAUGUACAACUUUGUUUUAUGCUUGUGGUAGAGGGGAAUCCAGUUUAUAUAUUCUUCUCAAUUUUAAGUUGUUUCUGUGUAUUUUAUGUAGAAAAUUUGAUGUCUUAAAUGUCGAUACAUGUUUCACUACUCAAUAAAUAUCUUGUAUGGGUCACUACUAACAAUAAAACUCUAAGUCGGAAAAGCGACCUUAGGAAAA